UUGCAGGCAGCUCGACUCCAUACUCGACUAUACAUUGCUCGAACUUUCUAUGAAAAAGUCCAAACGAUAGUUGACGCUCCUUGUCGAGCAGUUUUGGAAGACCUGCUUCAUCUACAUCUCAACUAUGAGCUCAUAGAUAUGGCUUACUACUUACUUGAGGAUAAUUAUCUGACUGGUCAACAGUUGAAUCACAUGAAAGAAGAUAUGUAUCGAUUACUUUCGAAAUUACGUCCUAAUGCUGUAUCAUUAGUGGAUGCAUGGGACUAUUCGGACCAUGAACUUCGAUCGGUUCUUGGACGAAGAGAUGGGCACGUCUACGAGAAUCUGUACAAAUGGGCACAAGCUAGUGAAUUAAAUAGGACACAGGUCCCUUCAUCAUUUGAGAAAUAUUUGAAACCAAUGAUGGAAGAAGCCAGAAAAAUGAGUAAACUAUAA